CACUAUCUCUGCGUCCUCCUGCAGUAUCAUUAUAAGAGAUUAUCCUCAGAGACGAGGGCAGAGCAGAACGGCCUCCAUGUGCGAACCGCCACAUAAGCUGAUCAGAGUCUUAUCUGACCACCAUGGGCUCAUGAACACCACACUCACCCUCUCACACCCAUUCACACUCUGAUGGCUGGAGCAAGGCACUUAACCCUAAAAAGGACACAAACCGCCCAUCUUGUGAUUGGAGGACGACUCUGCUCUACAACUGAGCCCACUAAAGUAGCUGCAGGACUCACUCAAAAGCUGCUGAUUGAAGCGAGGAAGUUGGUUGGAGGCAGGCCGUCCAUUCAUACCAGUAGAAAGACAUCAGGAGCCUUAUCAUCUUUUCUUUGCAUGUGAAAUGUCAUAUUAUUAAGAAAGGGUAAAAAUGACAUAAAUGACCUCUAUGAGCACUCUACAUCAGGUGUCUAAUGACUCUCGCCCAGGUGCCGUCUCAUUCACCGGACUCUACCUGGUGUAUGGAUAUGGCGCCGCUCUUCUCUGCAACCUGAUUGGUUUUGCCUAUCCAGCAUAUUAUUCAAUAAAAGCCAUUGAAAGUCCAAGCAAAGAGGACGACACAAAAUGGCUGACGUACUGGGUGGUGUAUGGUGUCUUCAGCCUUGGCGAGUUCUUCUCCGAUAUUUUCCUCUACUGGUUCCCUUUCUACUAUGCUUUUAAGUGUCUCUUCCUGUUGUGGUGCAUGGCUCCGAUUGCGUGGAAUGGCUCUCAGAUCAUCUACAACAAAGUGGUGCGGCCCAUCUUCCUCCGCCACGAGGCCGCGGUGGACGACUUGGUGAGCGACAUCGGCGGCAGGGCCAUGAGUGCCGCUGAGAACCUCACCAGGGAAGUCCUUUCCACGCUGAUAAGGAAUAAAGCUUUGGUGACUCCGGGGCCGUCAGACGCUCCGUCCGAAGCCAAAGGUUUACCAUCUUCUUCAGCAACUAAAGUUGCUCCAUCAGAGUCAAGCGAAGAACAACCACUGCAGGGGAAGAGGAGGACCCUCCUUGAAGAAGAGUAGAGGAGCUGCAUCCUCACAGACCCCACUGAGAAGAAUUUCCAGUGUCACAAGAGACUGAUUUCCUUUUAUAUAUCAGAUCAACCAUUUGUUUUUAUUUACUGAUGAAUAAUGCAAAGCACCUGAAACUGGCUCAUAACUCACAAACUCAUCAGCUCACGUUUUGCAGGCUGCAGACCAGGUGGAGUUGCGGCAUGAUUUGGGGAGCAAUUCUUGACCUACAAUACCUAUAAAUGAAGUAUCAGCAGUUAAGGCCUUUAGGUGUAGACACAUCUGCAUUCCUCUGCUGCAUUUAACACUAUUUGCAACCAUAGUUUACUUUUGUGGAGAGAUGCACUUCGACCUCUGAAUGAGCUGCAGCUCUGCAUCGGACGUUUUCCUCCGUCUGUCUUCAGGUGCUUUGCAUCAGUGACACUGUGUGUCAUUUUUAGUUUUCAUUGGUGUAUCAUUUGUUUUUUUGUUUUCUUUAUACACGUAAAUGAAAAUAUAACUUGAUAUGACAAUGAUAUUAUGAUAAGAAAUAAACAUUGCUAAUCAGAAUAAAACAUGUGUGCUCUCUC